AUGGAAUCGAGGCGAGAGAGAAUUUGCGCGUGGUUUACCGCGGACGGAAGGGGGCCAGCAUCCGAUGCGAAAAACACAUGGAGGAGGGCCAGAUCAACUAAGAAAUGGAGUUUAGUGUCGAGAACCGACGAUAAGACAGCUGGUGAGGGAUGGGAAGAUAGCGAGGGAGGUGAAAUUGAUGAUGAUAGAGCAAAAGGGCCGCCAGCCAGCAGAUGGACUGUCACAGGGCAGGCCGAGAUGAACUCGGGAGGGCUAGGAAGAAGAGGGAUGAGAAGAGAAGGGAUCGGGGGGGAGGAUGGAAUUCAAGAGUCCCGUAGCAGGGGUGUUUUCCGUAGGGGAAGCCACUUGGAGCCAAACCAAGUCGUAGUUGAUGGGGCACAGCUUGGGCUUGGAGCUGACUAA